ACGCGCGAGGCCGGCCUGUGGGGCGGCUGCCACCGGGACCGGGCGGGGCGGCCGGGCCGCGGAAAGGGUGCGGGGCCCGCCUCUCCUCGGCCGGGGUGGAUGAAGUGAGGGGCUUGGACCGGGUGGCUCUGAGGUGCCCUCCUGGGCUUGACAGGCGUCGCUCAAGGCCGGGUCGCUAGCGACACACGUCGGGCACAAAGCUUUUUUCCCGGGAGGCAGGUGUUGGGGGUCUCCAGAGGAAAACGGAGAAGAGGUCUAACAGCUCCCCCCAAGGGAGGCCUCACGGCCUGUUCUGGAAGCGCGGGUGGCAGCCAGUGUUCGGGGGCUCACCCCGGCCCGUCCCUCCGCCGCGUACCCGGGAUAGCGUUAGGUCCAGGAGUUCGCCGCCGCGCUCUUUGUUCCAUGGCCUAGGCUUUCCGGGUGGAGCACUUGAUGUAGAACGGAGUAGCCUCCUUGCCCAGGACCACAAAGGUGGGAGUCAAAUCCAGAGUUUAAACGUUGAGAUCGGAGGCUUCUUUGACUGGGUAUAAAGUUGUCACACCGAGAAGCGCCCGUGGACGUCGGCCACGACUUUUGUGGUCCGGACUUGAGGCUUAAUUACAUAUGGCCAGUUCCCGUGCAAAUUCCCUGUUUCUGCUGUCCUCCGAAGUACUGACUGACAGACACCGUUCUCUGGGCUCUUCACACAGUCUAUAUUUGGCCUGGGUUUUCUUGAAAGGUUCCCUUCUUUACCUCAUUUAGAUAAGUUGGAUAGGUCUUUCUUGCUUAAUUCAUUAGCACCUCCCUUUAUUGCUUGUGCCCAUAUCACAGGAAGAGUGGAUGUGAGUGGAACCUAUCAAAUGUGCUUAAGUCCCAGUUCCACUUGCCUGAACCUAAGCAAGUUGCUUGACCUCUCUCCCCCUGAUUUUUUUUUUUUAUAGGUAACGUGAAAGCUUUGAAAAAGACUAUUUUUCCAGCUUAUUCCUGUUUAAAAUGUAAUUCUGUGAAUUAGAUAACUUCCCACUAUUCCCCUUUUGCGACUCUUCGUCAUUUAAACCCUUUCUCCAUCUCUCAGAGGAAUGAGCUUUGAGAGUUGAAGGUGGGAGUCCCUUUUACUGAAGCAGCCUGGGUUGAAAAAGAUGGUAGUCUCUGAAUUGUCUUUUCCCCGGACAGGAAAAAUACCCUCUGAAUUAUCUUUUUCUCCUUAUGAUAACAGCAGAAAGCAAGCAGCAACAACCCUUGGAGAGAGACUAAGUUUUCUUGACUUCUACAGUGACAGAGAGCUUGUGAAAGUUGGUACUUCUGGCCUACGCUGCCAUCAUUCUACCACCCAGCCCAAGAUGCCCCAGGCUGGACAUUAGUGCCUCCCUCUUUAUUUCUCUGUGAUCAUCCAGAUCAGCACCUGACUGUUUAUUUUCAAAUCUCACAAACCCAGCCCCCAGAUCUUCAUGUUCUGGUUCUCAGCUACUGUUGAAGGUCUCCAGCAGACAGUUCAUUCAUUCAGUAAAUAUGUGUUGAGGGACUGACAAUAUAGACAAUGAAAAGAGUCAGAGCCUCUGCCACCAUAGAGCUUACAUUCUGGUGGGAGAUAAAUACAACAAACAAACAUUUUGUACAUCAGAGUGUGGACAGUGACUUGUUACCACCACAACAGCAGAUCCUGCCUUCCUCAGCUGAUCUCCAGUCAGCCCCUGAUAUCGCCACCCCUCCUCCCAACCCUUGUCUCCUCUUUUGGCCUCCUAAAUGCCCAUCUCGUUGGCCUGGGUUCAACUGGUGGUAUGGAGGGGUGCUGCCUAGCACUGACCUAGGAGUGUGUGUUACCCACUGACCCAAUGGACAUCAAAGGCCAGUUCUGGAAUGAUGAUGAUUCGGAGGGAGACAAUGAAUCAGAGGAAUUUCUCUAUGGAGUUCAGGGAAGCUGUGCAGCUGACCUAUAUCGGCACCCACAGCUGGAUGCAGACAUUGAAGCUGUGAAGGAAAUCUACAGUGAGAACUCUGUAUCCAUCAGAGAAUAUGGAACUAUCGAUGACGUGGACAUUGACCUCCACAUCAACAUCAGCUUCCUGGAUGAGGAAGUUUCUACAGCCUGGAAGGUCCUCCGGACAGAACCUAUUGUGUUGAGACUGCGGUUUUCUCUCUCCCAGUACCUUGAUGGACCGGAACCAUCAAUUGAGGUUUUCCAGCCAUCAAAUAAGGAAGGAUUUGGGCUGGGUCUUCAGUUGAAAAAAAUCCUGGGUAUGUUUACAUCCCAACAAUGGAAACAUCUCAGCAACGAUUUCUUAAAGACCCAGCAGGAGAAGAGGCACAGCUGGUUCAAGACAAGCGGUACCAUCAAGAAGUUCCGAGCUGGCCUCAGUAUCUUCUCACCCAUCCCCAAGUCUCCCAGUUUCCCUAUCAUACAGGACUCCAUGCUGAAAGGCAAACUGGGUGUACCAGACCUUCGAGUUGGACGCCUCAUGAACCGUUCCAUCUCCUGCACCAUGAAGAACCCCAAAGUGGAGGUGUUUGGCUACCCUCCCAGCCCCCAGGCAGGUCUCCUGUGUCCCCAGCACGUGGGCCUCCCUCCCCCAACACGGACCUCUCCUUUGGUCAGUGGUCACUGCAAGAACAUCCCCACUCUGGAAUAUGGAUUCCUUGUCCAGAUCAUGAAAUAUGCAGAGCAGAGAAUCCCAACAUUGAAUGAGUACUGUGUUGUAUGUGAUGAGCAGCAUGUCUUCCAGAAUGGGUCCAUGCUCAAGCCAGCCGUCUGUACUCGUGAACUGUGCGUUUUCUCCUUCUACACGUUGGGAGUCAUGUCCGGAGCUGCAGAGGAGGUGGCCACUGGAGCAGAGGUGGUGGAUCUGCUGGUGGCCAUGUGUAGGGCAGCUUUGGAGUCCCCUAGAAAGAGCAUCAUCUUUGAGCCUUAUCCCUCUGUGGUGGACCCCACUGAUCCCAAGACUCUGGCCUUUAACCCUAAGAAGAAGAAUUAUGAGCGACUGCAGAAAGCUCUGGAUAGUGUGAUGUCCAUCCGGGAGAUGACCCAGGGCUCGUAUCUGGAAAUCAAGAAGCAGAUGGACAAGCUGGAUCCCCUGGCCCAUCCUCUCUUGCAGUGGAUCAUCUCUAGCAACAGGUCGCACAUUGUCAAACUACCUCUCAGCAGGCAGCUGAAGUUCAUGCACACCUCACACCAGUUCCUCCUGCUGAGCAGCCCUCCUGCCAAGGAGGCUCGGUUCCGGACCGCCAAGAAGCUCUAUGGCAGCACCUUUGCCUUCCAUGGGUCCCACAUUGAGAACUGGCAUUCGAUCCUGCGCAAUGGGCUGGUCAAUGCAUCCUACACCAAACUGCAGCUGCAUGGAGCAGCCUAUGGCAAAGGCAUCUACCUGAGCCCCAUCUCCAGUAUUUCCUUUGGAUACUCAGGAAUGGGAAAAGGACAGCAUAGGAUGCCCUCCAAAGAUGAGCUCGUCCAGAGAUACAACAGAAUGAAUACCAUCCCCCAGACCCGAUCCAUUCAGUCAAGGUUCCUGCAGAGUCGGAAUCUAAACUGUAUAGCACUUUGUGAAGUGAUUACAUCCAAGGACCUCCAGAAGCAUGGGAACAUCUGGGUGUGCCCUGUGUCCGACCAUGUCUGCACACGGUUCUUCUUUGUAUAUGAGGAUGGUCAGGUGGGCGAUGCCAACAUUAAUACUCAGGACCCCAAGAUACAGAAGGAAAUCAUGCGUGUGAUCGGAACUCAGGUUUACACAAACUGAGGGGGCCCCAGCCCUCGUACCACCCCUGUUCCCCCAGGAUCCAUCUGCCCUCAUAAAAGGGCUCAGGAGCAGCAGACAAGUCUGCCCUGAGGAAUCAAGGGGCCAUUACUAAGGGGCAGGAAAAAGAUAGACGAGGCGGCCUUCAUGGUGGAGAUUGACCCAGGAACCACUCCACAUUUGGAUGGCCCAGACUGACUCCUUACCCCGAUUUUCCCAGUUGACUUCACCCUGUUUGUAAAUAAAACAAUAAAAUGGAA